GUAUUUUUGUUUUUGUUUAUAUUUCCAUUGCACUCGUCCAGUCCAGCAGCCGCUGCGCUGUAGCAUAAAUGAUGGCGGGUCCCGAGCAGUCCCAGCAGCAGCAGCAGCAGCAGCAGAAGGUGGAGGAGAAGGCAGAGCACAUAGAUGAUGCUGAGAUGGCUCUGCAAGGCAUCAACAUGCUGCUCAACAACGGAUUCAAAGAGAGCGACGAGCUUUUCAAGAGAUACAGGACGCACAGCCCUUUGAUGAGCUUCGGAGCGAGCUUCGUCAGUUUUCUGAACGCCAUGAUGACAUUCGAGGAGGAGAAGAUGCAGAUGGCCUGUGAUGAUCUGAAGACAACUGAGAAACUGUGCGAGAGCGACAGCGCUGGAGUGUUGGAGACGAUCCGAAACAAGAUCAAGAAGAGUAUGGACUCCCAAAUGUCAGGCGUGGCUGUGGUGGACCGCCUACAGAGACAGAUCAUUGUUGCCGACUGCCAAGUGUAUCUAGCGGUUCUGUCAUUCGUCAAACAGGAACUCUCAGCUUAUAUUAAAGGAGGCUGGAUUCUCCGUAAGGCAUGGAAAAUGUACAACAAAUGCCACAGUGACAUCAGUCAGCUGCAGGAGAGCUGCCAGCAGGGGGCCUCCGGCAGCCAGGAGUCGCUCUCAGCCGACAAUGCCAACCACAACAUGGAGAACGGUGUGACGGCCGAGGCCCUGGACCGGCUCAAGGGCUCCGUCAGCUUCGGCUACGGCCUCUUCCACCUGUGCAUCUCCAUGGUGCCGCCACACCUGCUCAAGAUCAUCAACCUGCUGGGCUUCCCUGGCGACCGUCUCCAGGGUCUGUCCUCUCUCAUGUACGCGAGCGAGAGUAAGGACAUGAAGGCGCCACUGGCUACGCUCGCCCUCUUGUGGUACCACACAGUGGUGCUGCCUUUCUUUGCCCUGGAGGGUUCUGACACACACGCCGGGCUGCUGGAGGCCAAAGCCAUCCUGCAGAGAAAGUCUGUGGUUUAUCCCAACUCUUCCCUCUUCAUGUUCUUCAAGGGACGAGUUCAAAGACUGGAGUGCCAUAUCAACAGUGCUUUGGCCUGUUUCCAUGAUGCAUUAGAACUUGCAUCAGACCAAAGAGAGAUCCAGCAUGUGUGUCUCUAUGAGAUUGGUUGGUGCAGCAUGAUAGAGCUGAAUUUCGAAGAUGCCUUCAGAGCAUUUGAGCGAUUGAAGAACGAGUCCCGCUGGUCGCAGUGCUACUACGCCUACCUGACCGGAGUGUGUCAGGGGGCUUCAGGGGACCUGGACGGAGCAAACGGAGUUUUCAAAGAUGUCCAGAAGCUGUUCAAGAGGAAAAACAACCAGAUAGAGCAGUUUGCUGUCAAAAGGGCGGACAGGCUGAGAAAAGUCUCGCCCACCAGGCAGCUGUGCAUCCUCGGGGUGAUCGAGGUUCUCUAUCUGUGGAAAGCCCUGCAGAACUGCUCCUCAACCAAACUGCAGAUAAUGAAUCAAGUGCUGCAGAGCGUAGACGAGCCUUCAUGUAGAGGCCUGAAACACCUCCUCCUCGGUUCCAUCCUGAAAUGCCAAGGAAACAUCAGAGAUGCUGUUCAGUCGUUCCAGCUAGCCAUCAGGGACGAGUACGGACGACAGAUCAACUCCUACAUCCAGCCGUACGCCGUCUAUGAGCUUGGAUGCAUACUCCUCGCAAAACCAGAGACAGUGGCAAAGGGGAGAUCAUUCCUACUUCAGGCCAAGGAGGACUUCACAGGCUACGACUUCGAAAACCGGCUUCACGUCCGCAUCCACUCGGCGCUGGCCUCGAUGAAGGAGGUGGUGCCACAGUGACUCCUCCACGAGAGGAGAAACUUCGCACAAAGUCUCAAUAGCACUCCCUGUGUUUUUCAUUUCAAACGAACUGAAGACACAAUUGGCAAAAACGUUUAUCGCUGAUAAAAAUUAAGUCUGAUGAUAAAGUGCCAUCUCUGUGCAUUUUGUAAAGCGGUGGACGGACGGUCGCGCUCGUGAAGGCACGCGGGUAGCUCUGGCUCAUGUGAAAUCUCUAAAGUUUUGUCAGUGCGCAGUUGGGUCAUGUCCGCUGACAACCACAGAGUGAGAGGGUGGGAAAAGGCCUCCGAUAUAUCGUGAAAUGUGAUGUAAAUAA